AGAACAAGGGUAUAAGAGGGGGUCGAUGUGAAAGCAUUUUUUCCCAUAAAACCUCAGUUUACUGGUUUCUCCACUGUAGCGUUCCAUUGGAGUGUGUCUCGUGUGUGAGGGGAGAUCUCGUCUUCACAGUGUGUGUUUGAGAGGGAGAAGAUUUCUCAGAUUUUGUCAGUCGACAUGAUUCAUCGGGACAGAAGGCUGGCCAUGACUCUUCUCCUCUUCUCAUUCAUCUCUUUCUCCACGCAUUUCCAACAGGUGCGAAGGUACAAUGCUUGUACCUGUUUUUCUCCAGUGAGAAUAAAGUUGAACACAGUUCAACAUUCCUUGUCUUUCCCAGUCUCCUGGUGUGUAGUGUCGGAGGCAGAGGAGCAGAAGUGUCUGGAUCUGGCUGGGAGUGCUACAGCCCGGAAUAUCAGAGGAACGCUGCUGUGUGUCCGUGGCCAGAGUCCAACAGACUGCAUGGAGAAGAUCAAGAAUGGUACAGCGGAUGCAGCAGCCAUGUUUGCUGAUGACAUCUACACAGCCGGCUGGUGCUUUGGACUAGAACUGGCUGCUGGAGAGUCUUACAACGGAGUGGAUGGUAUCAGCUACUAUGUUGUAGCUCUGGCUCGUCGCUCCUCCAGUGACCUGUCCCUGUUGGAGAUGCAUGAACGCAGCUCCUGUCACCCAGGGAUCCGUACCACGGUGGGCUGGACUGUUCCUAUUGGCUUCCUGGUCAACACCUCACAGAUCAGUGUCGAUGAACAAUGCAACUUUCCUAAAGCGGUGGGGGACUUCUUUGGCAACAGCUGUGUACCAGGAGUAAAGGACAGAGAACACGACCCCAGAGGAAGCAACCCUAAGAACCUGUGUGAAGCCUGCAUAGGAGAUGACAACGAGAGACAUAUAUGUGUUAACAAUCACCGAGAGAGACACUAUGGAGAGGCUGGGGCACUGAGGUGUGUGGCUGAGAAUUUGGGCGAUGUGGCAUUUGUCAAACACACCACCAUUUCUGACAACAUGGAUGGCAACAAUAUGGAAUCAUGGGCCAUGGACCUGGAACUGGAGGACCUGAAGCUGCUGUGCCCGGAUGGCAGUGAGGCCGGGCCGUUUGACCAUGAGACGUGUCACCUGGCUGUGGUACCAGCUAACGCUGUGGUGGUACGCCUAGAGGACAAGUGUAGAGUCUGGAAAUACCUGGAACGCCUACAGAAUGUGUUUGGGAACACCACCAUGUUCAGCUCAGUAGGCUACGCCCAAUCAGAUCUCCUGUUUUCUGACUCCACCCACCACCUGCUCAGGGUUGUGGGUAGUUACACUUCCUGGUUGGGUCCCACAUACACCACUGUCCUGCAGGCCUUCGAGUGUGAAAGUUUGUGCUGAUCCUUCUAGAAAGAAAUCAACCAGCAUCCUCUCCAUCUCUCCCCUCACUAUCUCUCCACAUCUUUCUUUCCCUCCCUCCCUCCAUAUCUUAUCCCCCCUCCCUCCAUGCCUCCUCCCUCCAUGCCCCCUCCCUCCCUCCAUG